AAGUAAGUCAGUCCAACGGCACAAUAUCUCCAAUCAAUCAAAUGCGCAGUUACUGUUAGUUUGGAAGCAGCGAGUUGAAGUCAAAGUGUGUGUUGCGGCACCCAACAUACGAAUCCAAAUCCAACAAUGUCGGUGUCUUCUUCACGGAUAGUCAUGUUGCUCCUCCUCUCUGCCCUUGCCACCGCCACAGCCACCGAUCACAUUGUGGGUGCUAAUCGUGGUUGGAACCCUGGCAUUAACUACACUCUCUGGGCCAACAACCAAACUUUCUAUGUCGGCGACCUCAUCUCAUUUAGGUACCAGAAGAAUCAGUACAACGUGUUUGAAGUGAAUCAGACAGGGUAUGACAACUGCACCACUGAAGGGGCGAUUGGGAAUUGGACUAGUGGCAAGGAUUUCAUAACCCUGAACCAGUCGAAGAGGUAUUACUUUAUCUGUGGCAAUGGUCAAUGCUUCAAUGGCAUGAAGGUUUCUGUUGUUGUCCGUCCCCUCCCUCUUCCUCCUACUUCUCCUCAAACUGCUUCCAAUCAUUCCACGAAUAAUUCUGCUGCUCCUCUCCUCUUCAACUGGGGCCUCUCCUCUCUGCUGUUGUCCUCUGCCUCAGUUUGGUUUGGUUGGAUCUAGCAAACGUGUUGUUCCCUCUCGUGAGCAUUAUUUAACUUUUUGUGUUUCUCUUUAUGUGAAAACUCACAUUUGUUUCCAAUUCGCACCACUACCACUUGCUCUUCUGUUAUGCUCACCUUUGAAAGCGAUUGCUACCAAGUGAAUUCCUUAACGUCUAUGACCC